AUGGGGAGUAGUAAUGAAUAUUACUACAUCUCUGAUGAUCUUUCUGUCACUGUUAUAAUCUUCAACAACAAAUUUCAGGUCAUCACGGCAGCAAGUGGAUUUGGUUUCACAGUUUUUGCUGUGAAUAGUGAUACAAAUGAAAAGAUCUAUGGAACAGGUAUCAAUACUGAUUCACAAAUAGGGUAUCAUGAAGUCAGACAUGGUAAACCCUUAGAAAUUCUCUUCUACCCGAAGCCAAUUUCCCUGCCAUUCAAGAACCCUGAAAAAUCAAAAGUACUCAAACUUUCUGCAGGACGUGCACAUUUAGUUGUACUGACAGAUGAAGGUAUAUUCACCUUAGGAAACAAUUCUUUUGGUCAGUGUGGAAGGAAAAUAAUACCAGAUGAAAAUUAUACAAUGAAUUGUUACAUACAUCAUAUCCCGAAGAUUGAUGGAAAAUCCGUGAUUGAUAUCGAAUGUGGACAGGACCACAGUAUGGCACUUGCAGAAGAUGGAAGCGUUUAUUCCUGUGGAUGGGGUGCUGACGGCCAGACAGGACUUGGCCACUUCAAUAAUCAUUCUGAAUUUUCUCGUGUAACUGGAGAUAUUGAAUCAGAAAAAAUUGUGAAACUUUCAUGUCGAUCAGAUUUUGUUUUAGCUCUUAAUGAUAAAGGCGAGGUGUUCGGAUGGGGAAACUCGGAAUACAGCCAGAUGUCAUUACCAGGAGGGGAACAACAAAGUUCAGCUUCAAGGCAUAUCAAAAUGCUUGAUAAAUUAGGAAAAAUCCAGAGUGUAGCUAGCGCUGGAUCUUUUUGUAUAGUAUCAAAUGAUGACGGACAAGUUUUCUCAUGGGGUUAUGGCUUAUUGGGAGCUGGGCCACAGGCUCAGCAGUCCAAGGAGCCAAUUCACAUACCAGAAACUUUAUUUGGAAAGAAUGAUUUCUCACCAGAGAGCAGAGUAGAAAAAGUUGCCUGUGGAUUGUACCAUUCCGCAGCUAUAACAAAUAGCGGUGAUUUAUUUAUAUGGGGUAGAAAUAAACAUGGAUGCUUAGGCUUGGGACAUCAGAAUGAUCAGUAUUUUCCGCUGAAGCUGGCAAUAGGAGGUUUUGUUUCCCAGGCUCUUUUUGGAAUUGACCAUUCCAUAGCAAUUUGUAAACCGUUCAUAUGAACUGUGAUAUUUCCUAGGAAAAACAGAAAAAACACGUUUGAAUUUUAUUUAUUGACAUAGUUUCUGUACUGAUUAUUAUUAAACAUUUUUUUCACU